UGCACACAUUGUUGUUAAAAUCGCGACCUAAUUUGCACGAUUUUACGAGUUUACAAACAGAUCAACUGAUCAAGUGAUAAGUCACAAUCCUGUACCGACAUGGACAGCUUCAAACUGCAGGUCAAUUUCAUAAAACACAGAUUGUUGAAAGCCUAUCAUUUCUUAAGCAAUCACUAGAUGAUCUUCUCAUCCGAAUCAAUAUAACCACUCAAUUAAUGAUUGAUUGAGCUCAUGGAUGCUGUGUAAAUGAGUCAGAACCAACAGAUCAAGUGAAAGAUAUGCACCACAACACGAUCAUGCACACAUGCCCACAAAACAAGCACUCAUUUAACCAUUUUAUUGUCCGCGCAGGGAAGGCAAAGUUCUGUCUGUGUUCUGGCGUAAUUUCCGCCGGGAAUAUUAACUAAACCCCGAAAUAUUAUCUGGGUGAUUUUCAACGUGCCAAUGCAAUAAAUAAGGAACACACAUGGCAAUUUGCUCAAAUAAGGAACAGAAGAAAUGCUUUCUGUCCCCCUAUCAAUAAGUCCAGGCAAUAAAGACAAUAACAGGGUAUGCAAAACUGCAGACACAUUAAAUGCUAGAAAGAAACACUUUCAGGUCAGAGUUUAUAGCCACACAAAACUCCACGGAUUCAAUACCUGAAUACGUGGUUAAGAAUUGACCCGUCAAGGCGAACAUUCUGUUCACAACAAUCUCAAAAACCAUGAGUGAUCAUAAUCGAAUCUCACACCAGUAAGUUGAUUUACAAAGACUGAAAGUAAUCAACACUCACCAACUGACUUAAUAGUACUCGUAUUCUAGCCACAGACUAAAUUUUCGCAAUAAUUAGACAAAGUCCCCACACUAUCAUUUCAUAACCAUUUCUAGUAAAAAGUUGUGUUACUCUUAAUUUAUCUGCAACUAAAGUAGACAUGAAAUCUCUUCAAGUAGUCCUGUCUCAAAGCUCGGACAGCAAUUCCGAUGGUAAUGAUCACAGUUACAACCAAAGCAGCAUAGUUCCAAUUAAAGAAAUGGCUAUGGCUGAAAGCUUUGAAAAGAAGGGACGCUCAUGGUUUAUUACUUCACAAAUUCCAACAGAUCUUUCCAUUCAAGUUCAAGACAUCACUUUUACUGUUCACAAGUACCCUUUGGUAUCAAAGUGUGGCUAUAUAGGUCGUCUAGAACUUCAACCUUCAAUUUCAAAUUUUGGGUAUGAACUCAAACUCGAAAACUUCCCAGGGGGACCAGAAGCAUUUGAGAUCAUUCUAAAGUUUUGUUAUGGUCUUCCAUGGGACCUAAACCCUAACAACAUAGCUGCACUGAGAUGUGCAUCAGAAUUCCUAGAGAUGAGUGAGGAAUUUGAAGAUGGAAACCUCAUCUCGAAGACAGAAGCUUUUCUUACAUUUGUAGUCCUCAGUUCAUGGAAAGACACCAUCACUGUUCUUAAAUCCUGCGAAACUUUAUCUCCAUGGGCAGAAAAUCUCCAAAUUAUAAGAAGAUGUUGCGACUCAAUCGCAUGGAAAGCUUCUAGAGACAAUUCAGCAACCGAAGACGUGGUUAAUGAAGGAUGGUGGUUUGAUGAUGUGGCAACCCUAAAAAUUGAUCAUUUUACAAGAACUAUAAAUGCAAUAAAGGCUAAAGGAACAAAACCAGAGAUCACAGGUAAGUGCAUAAUGCAGUAUGCAUCUACAUGGUUGCCAGGCAUUGAUGUGGAAUUCGAAGGCUUAAGAGGUUAUGGCUAUGGAAAAAAUGAGUUGCAGUUCUGUAUCUUGAGUGAUAGGAAUGAAGGUGAGGGUGUCAGACACAGCAAGGAGCAAAAAACCAUUAUUGAAAGUAUAAUAAGCCUGCUUCCCCCUCAACAAGAAGCUGUCCCAUGCAAGUUCUUGCUGAAGAUGUUGAAGGUGGCCAUUGUUUAUUCUGCAUCACAAGCAUUAAUCUCUGAGCUAGAGAAGAGAGUGGGGCUGACGUUGGAAAAUGCAAGUGUUAAUGAUCUUAUGAUUCCUAAUUUUAAGACUGAAGAUCAAGGAAAAAUGAUGAAACAAUCCGAACAGAACACAAUGCAUGCCGUAGAAGUGGUACAACGAAUUUUGGAAUACUUUUUGAUGCAUGAACAAGACCAGCAACAAUUGCAACCAAUGUCAGGGAAAUCAAAAGUUAGCAGGCUCAUGGACAGUUACCUAGCUGAAAUUGCAAGGGACCCAAAUCUUUGCAUUACCAAAUUUCAAGUAUUGGCAGAAGCACUUCCAGCAAAUGCUCGAACAUGUGAUGAUGGUCUUUAUAGAGCCAUUGAUACCUACCUCAAGACUCAUCCUUCACUCUCUGAGCAUGACCGGAAAAAGCUAUGCAAAAUUAUGAACUGCGAGAAAUUAUCACUUGAUGCGUGCGUGCAUGCAGCACAAAAUGACAGGUUGCCUCUAAGGACUGUAAUUCAGGUUUUGUUUUCAGAGCAAGUAAAGAUGAGGGCCGCAAUGAGAGGAAAAGAGCCAGCAACAAGUGGUAAUAACUCAGAACAGGAGGGGAGCCAAACAUCAACCAAAACGGAAAUUCUGACGCUUAAAACAGAACUUCAGAAUAUAAAGGCACAGAUGGCAGAGUUGCAGAGAGACUACUCUGAACUGCAACAUGAAUAUUUAAAGGUAAACAACAAGCAAAGAAAUACAUUGGCAUGGACUCUUAAUUGGAAAAAUAUCAGGAAAUCGUCUCUUUUCAAUCGAAAAACGGAUGGAGAUGAAACCAGAGAAGGACAGCAGAGAUCCACUCCAGCAAAUACAUCAAGUGGCAGAGUCAGAAGAAGAGAAUCCAUAUCAUAAUUUAUAAAAGAGAAAAGGGGAAAAAAGAGCAAUGAAGUCCUAGAGGCCCCACUUAGAUCGCACGUAGAUAUCAUGUUUUCCAGUAUUUUGCUCAUUUAAAAUUAUUACAAAACUCCUUCGUUUGUCCAGGAGUUCGGCAAGAAAAAAAAUUAUAUAAAGUUAUCAUAAUCCUACUCAUUGCCUUGGAACCAAAGCACUUAAAUAAAA